AAAUGUUCCUGGCCGGUCCCAGGAGGUGGGAGGGUUGGGAGUUACUUCGGUUCUCUCAAAGGUUGGGGAAGGAGAGAUCUCGGUUUGUUUUCCCAUCUGUGAAACGGGGACACCACGGUAUUUAGAGGACGUGCGCGGGUGACUAUUUGGGGGUGCAGCGGCUUCCCUCCUCCCUCCCCCAUCUUUCCCUUCUCACUUCCAAGGCUUGGAAAUUUGGAGAUUCGGAAGUUUGUUCUUGGAUGGCCAGAAAUCCUCCGGACGCAAACGGUCUGGGGCUGAAACCGCCACAGGCCGGAAAGGUGCGGGCGUGAACGUCCUGCGCGCCGACGUCCCCCCGCGCCGGUCUCCCCUCAAUCCUCCUGCUCCCCUCCUCCGCGUCCCCGUCCCCGCCCCCCUCCUGCUCUCCCAUUGGCCGAGCCGGCGGCCGGGCCGCCCCGGGAUUUAAAGGGCCCGCUCGCCGCGCCGCUCUGGGAGCCGCUGCUGGUCCUGGCCUUGCGGCCUGCGGGGGAGGCUGCCCGGAGGAGGCAGCGGCGGCGGCAGCGCGUCCUCGGUCCCCAGGACCACGGCUUCUUUCCUGCCAGAGCGACUCUACCUUGGAAACCAGGGAUUCCCCUUCCCGUCGCCCGCCCCAUUUGAUAUAUGGGCCUGAAAUGUAUGCCAUCCCAUCACCAUCGGACUGGACUGUUCACAGCACUGGAGAGACAGAGGUCCUUCAUUCACUCCAGGUCACAGGCUGUGCGUGUGCAUGCCGAACACCCACAUGCACACAGUUGGUGGCUCAGUCUGAUGUACCUGACUUCUCACGCCUUCCCCCAGUCCUCCAGUACCGUGCCUCUACAUGGGCUGGGCAGCCCCAAACUGAAAUGGCCUUGACCAGAUCUGGCUGCUCCUUGCCAUCUGCCUCGCCUGCCGCCUCCUCUGGAGGCUCGGGUUGCCAUCCUACCUGAAGCAUGCAAGCACCGUGGCAGGCGGGUUCUUCAGCCUCUACCACUUCUUCCAGCUGCACAUGGUUUGGGUCGUGCUGCUCAGCCUCCUGUGCUACCUCGUGCUGUUCCUCUGCCGACAUUCCUCCCAUCGAGGCGUCUUCCUAUCCGUCACCAUCCUCAUCUACUUACUCAUGGGUGAGAUGCACAUGGUAGACACCGUGACAUGGCACAAGAUGCGAGGGGCACAGAUGAUUGUGGCCAUGAAGGCAGUGUCUCUGGGCUUCGACCUGGACCGGGGCGAGGUGGGUACGGUGCCCUCGCCAGUGGAGUUCAUGGGCUACCUCUACUUCGUGGGCACCAUCGUCUUCGGGCCCUGGAUAUCCUUCCACAGCUACCUACAAGCUGUCCAAGGCCGCCCACUGAGCUGCCGAUGGCUGCAGAAGGUGGCCCGGAGCCUGGCACUGGCCCUGCUGUGCCUUGUGCUGUCCACUUGCGUGGGCCCCUACCUCUUCCCGUACUUCAUCCCCCUCGACGGUGACCGCCUCCUUCGCAAGUGGCUGCGAGCCUACGAGAGUGCUGUCUCCUUCCACUUCAGCAACUAUUUUGUGGGCUUUCUUUCCGAGGCCACGGCCACGUUGGCGGGGGCUGGCUUUACCGAGGAGAAGGAUCACCUGGAAUGGGACCUGACGGUGUCCAAGCCACUGAAUGUGGAGCUGCCUCGGUCAAUGGUGGAAGUUGUCACAAGCUGGAACCUGCCCAUGUCUUAUUGGCUAAAUAACUAUGUUUUCAAGAAUGCUCUCCGCCUGGGGACCUUCUCGGCUGUGCUGGUCACCUAUGCAGCCAGCGCCCUCCUACAUGGCUUCAGUUUCCACCUGGCUGCGGUCCUGCUGUCCCUGGCUUUUAUCACUUACGUGGAGCAUGUCCUCCGGAAGCGCCUGGCUCGGAUCCUCAGUGCCUGUGUCUUGUCAAAGCGGUGCCCGCCAGACUGUUCGCACCAGCAUCGCUUGGGCCUGGGGGUGCGAGCCUUAAACUUGCUCUUUGGAGCUCUGGCCAUCUUCCACCUGGCCUACCUGGGCUCCCUGUUUGAUGUCGAUGUGGACGACACCACAGAGGAGCAGGGCUACGGCAUGGCAUACACCGUCCACAAGUGGUCAGAGCUCAGCUGGGCCAGUCACUGGGUCACUUUUGGAUGCUGGAUCUUCUACCGUCUCAUAGGCUGACGCACAUCUGUGGACCCUCAUAACCCUCUUAAGACCCCUCUCAGGGUGCCACUGAUGGGGGAUGAGGGAAGGCCCUCUCUCUACUCCUUGACCCCCUCCAUCCUUGACCCCCAACACCUCAACACACACACACACACACACACACACACACACACACACAAUCACACCAUUUUCAUGCCUGUCAAUCCCCACCCCACCACAAGGCAGGAAGGGGGUGGUGCCUGCUGGGGCCUAGAGGGGGAUGCUUGGGGAAACAGAGAGGGGGAGAUCCAGGGCCUCCCCGCCUUCCUUCUUCCUUUUUAUAUACAAUUUGUUAUUGUCAAAUAAAAGUAGGAAAUAUUCAA